AGAGAAUAAUGGCACCAUAUCCAGCUAUAAGAACAUCGUCAAAUUCCAUUACCCUCUCCCGCAUUGUAUGUCAUAAAUUGACCAAAUAAACAUACGUAUCAUGGCGGCCGGCGGCGCUGACUUGGAAUGCGGCGGCGGUGGCGGCGGUGAGGAUAAGAUUCUUGAGGAUGUGGAUUCUAGAAAAGAUUCUUCUUCUUCUUCGUCGUCGUCAUUAAUGGCGGAUAUUAAUUAUCCGUCUGACUUGGAAACUGGGGGAGGAGUCGAAAGAAUUGAGGAUGACGUGGCAGCUGUAGAACGGGAUUGUCGGAUUUGCCAGCUCAGCUUGGUCAGCUGUAGCCCUGCCCCCGGCUCGGACCCUAUCGAGCUAGGCUGUUCUUGCAAGCACGAAUUGGCGGCGGCUCACAAGCGCUGCGCCGAGGCGUGGUUCAAAAUCAAGGGAGACAAGACUUGCGAAAUUUGCAAUUCAGUAGCGACUAACGUCGAGGCUCCAACGGAGAAAACUCCGGCGGCGGCAGCGCCGCCUCUGCCGCCGCAGAGGGCGGCGGCGAUGGUGGAAACGGAAAGCUGUGCGCAGGGCCACCGUGUGCUGAACGUAGUUCUGGCUUGCAUGGUUUUCGCGUUUAUUAUAACUUGGCUUUUCCACUUCAACCUGCGUUCGUAAAAGAGUUUUGUUUUAGUUAAAUGUUUUUUUGAAUUUUGGAAUUUUUGUUGUUAGUUAUUAAUGACUCUAAGAAAUAAUAUAUUCUAUCUCAGUUU